AAAAAAAGGCUCAAAACGUCCAUUUUUAAUCAAAAGCCACCUCUUUCGUAACGUGUCAAUGUAAAAAGAAACACAUUGCCAAAUGUCAAAAUCUUAACAACAAAGCCUAACAAAAGACAAAUUUAAUAAGCAACAAAGUAAGAUGCUUUGCAUGUUUGCCACGAGGAUCUUCCUCCACCCAGAAUGAAUUACAGCAAUCUCUUCUCAAUUUUCCCCUCAUUUUCCUCUGCUUUAUCAACCCUUUUGAGUUUUUCUUGCGGUGAAGACUCAAGACACUCGUUUGGGUACAUCUUUCAUCUGAUUUGAGAGCCAAAAGAAAAAAAAAAAGCAGAGAGAAAGAGAAGAAGAACGGAGAAAAUGGAAGUUUCUGUGGAGACUGAUAGGAAUGCAGCACUGUCCCCUGUAGCUCCUCUUGCUCCUGUGACCAUAGAGAGAAGAGUCAGAACUGAUUUGGAAACUUCUAUUCCUAAACCAUAUUUGGCAAGAGGAUUGGCAGCUCCAGAUAUGGAGCAUCCAUAUGGGACACCAGGGCAUAUGCAUCAUAACAUGAGUGUUCUUCAGCAGCAUUGUGCUUUCUUUGAUCAAGAUGGCAAUGGAAUCAUUUAUCCAUGGGAGACUUAUUCUGGACUUCGUCAAAUUGGAUUUGGCAUCCUUGCUUCUCUGUUUCUGGCCGCGUUCAUCAAUAUGGGCUUAAGUUAUCCAACUUUACCGGGUUGGUUUCCUUCUCCAUUGUUCCCUAUUUACAUUUACAACAUUCAUAGGGCCAAACACGGAAGUGAUUCCCAUACCUAUGAUCACGAAGGAAGGUAUCUUCCUGUGCACUUUGAGAAUAUUUUCAGCAAAUACGCGAAAACUGUGCCAGACAAGCUUACAUUUGGUGAAAUGUGGGCUAUGACGGAAGGAAACAGAUUGGCAUUCGAUCCCUUUGGGUGGAUUGCUAAUAAGGGAGAAUGGAUAGUUCUGUAUGUUCUUGCAAGGGACGAAGAGGGAUUCCUGUCUAAAGAAGCAAUCAGGCGCUGCUUUGAUGGUAGCUUAUUUGAAUAUUGCGCAAAGAUUCAUGCUGCUGCAGAGGGGUAUGAUCAACCCAAGCUAGAAUGAUGAAUGAUGAAUAUAUCUCAAAUGGUUUACAUCUAUAGCAGUUUGUUGAUCCUUUCGCAUUAAUAAAGCUCAGUUGAUCUUAAUUUUAGUAAAAUGUACACCAGAUCAGAGCAAAGAACUUCCUUUGGAUUCUUCUUCAUCAAGUCCCCUUUACGGAGACAUCAAAAUUAGAUGAUACCUUUUGUGUCAAUACAAAGGAAUUCUGCAUGGUUUAUGAAGGCUUUUCGUGGCGUCUAACGUUGUUGUAAGCUAUUGAGCACCAAACUAUCAAGUAGGAUUUAAAGGUCAAAACUCAAAAAGAACUUGUUUUUGCCUGAAGAUAACAAGAAACAUUGAACUGCAUACGAAAAAACCGACAGUAGGGAUGAAACAUCGAACCUUUUUCAAUAAACGAAACGAAGAGCAUUCAACCGUUGCUCUUUCUUCAAACUUCCUCAUUUUGUUGGUCAAACCAGUUAACAUUUGUUGUGUUUUCCGAUCACAUUAUGCACAUAAAUCCCACUGGUUCAUACGAACAAAUCAACGGUAACUUCACCAGAAGAGAAGACCGAUCACUACCGAUAUGGCAAUCAGGCAACCUGUUUACCGAAGAGGUCCUUCUCUGGAAAGAGCCUCAACUGGGUAAUGAGAUUGCUAAUUGACAACAACAGGAGCUGAAGAAUCCAAAAACCAUUAAACAAAAUAGAAGAAAAGAUUUCACGAAAACUCACAACGAAUCAACAUCAAGAACCCAAGUUUUCUGCGGCCAUCAAUUACUUUAUGUUACCUGGAUUCCGAUACGGGUGUUGUAUCGGGUGCGAGAAUCUCAGCGUCAGACUCUUAUCAAUAUUUUAAAAAUUUUGGACAUUUUAAAUUAAAGUACCACGCCCAACACUCAUGUUGGAACCAGUAUCAUGUCGUGUCGAC